AUGCGGGGAGGCUCUGUGCUGGCAGUGCCAUGGCUCCUGGUCCUUGCUGUCAUCGGCGUCCGUGGGCAGGAUGAGAAGCCAACCUUUGCCCCCCUUUUCACCCAGAAGCCCUUCAUUGUGGCCUGGAAUGCGCCCACCCAGGACUGCAAGCCCCGCUUCCAGGUCCAGCUGGACUUCAGCCUCUUUGACCUGGAUGCCUCGCCCAAUGAGGGCUUUGUAGACCAGAAGCUCACCAUCUUCUGCAAGGAGCGCCUGGGCCUCUACCCCUACUACGAUGAGCAGCAGGUGGCUGUGAAUGGAGGUGUCCCCCAGAACAGCAGCCUACAGGAGCACCUGGACCAGCUCCAGGAAGGAAUCUGGAGGUACAUCCGCUCUGAGGCCAAGGAAGGGCUGGCUGUCAUCGACUGGGAGGAAUGGCAGCCCAUCUGGGUCCGCAACAAAGACAUCUACCGGCAGAACUCCCGCCAGCUGGUGCUGUCGCAACACCCCGACUGGCAGGAGGACAUGGUGAACAAGGAGGCCCAGUACGAGUUUGAGAGCUCGGCCCAGAGAUUCAUGCUUCACACCCUGCAGCAUGCCAAGAGCUAUCGGCCCAAGCAGCUGUGGGGUUACUACCUCUUCCCGGACUGCUACAACCGUGACUACAGCAAGAAUCCAGACAGCUACACGGGCCACUGCCCUGACAUGGAGGAGACACGCAAUGACCGGCUGUCCUGGCUCUGGAAGGAGAGCACAGCCCUCUACCCCUCCAUCUACCUAGACCAGAUCCUGGCCUCCUCUGAGAACGGCCGCAAGUUCGUGCGCUCACGGGUCAUGGAGGCCUUGCGGAUCUCCCACCAGCACCAUGACGGCUACUCGCUGCCAGUCUUCGUCUACACCAGGCCCACCUACAGCCACAAGCUGGACGUCCUGAGCAGUAUGGACCUGGUCUCCACCAUUGGCGAGAGCGCUGCCCUGGGGGCAGCCGGUGCCAUCUUCUGGGGUGAUGCAGACUACACCAAGAGCCAGAACACCUGCCGGACCCUCAAGGCCUACCUGGAGGAAGAGCUGGGUCACUACAUCGUCAACGUCACCACGGCGGCUCAGCGUUGCAGCCAGGCACUGUGCCAGGGCUGGGGGCGCUGCCUGCGCCGGUACAGCACCGCCAAUGUCUUCCUCCACCUCAACCCGCUCAGCUUCUUGAUCCUGCGCCGGGGUGAGGCAGACGGGCAGCAGCCAAUGCUGCGGGUGGAGGGGGAGCUGUCUGCCGCCGACACCGCCUACCUACGGACCCACUUCCGGUGCCAGUGUUACCAGGGCUGGAGUGGGGACGCUUGUGAGUGGCAGCUGAGCACAUAGAACAGUGGAGCCUGCCCGACCUGUGCCACUCUGGGACUCCUGGUGCUGGGGUUCCUGGCCCACUUGGACUAACUUGGUCCCUUACUGGGGUCCUCAUGGCAGUAGACAGUCUCCUGGUGCUUAGCAUGGCAGAGGCAUGGGUGCAAUAGCUGGCACUUGUAGCCAGAGCCUGGUGUGCCCCUCUGUGGGGCAGACAGACUUAGAACCCAGGAGCCUUUUGUAUUUCAUUUAGUACCGAUGUAGUGGAUCUAUUGGAGGUGGCCCUCUGCCACGGCUGAGGGGGCAAGAGGCCCCUCCAGCGCUCCCUGUUGGCCAUCAGAGUGCCUGCAGCUGUGAGGUGGGGGGGUGUUCUUGGGCAGUGAUGCAGGGGUAGUGCGCAGCCUGCAG